AUGCGCAAAAGCAAGAAUAACGAUUUCAAAACUCCCUUUAUAGUUCCUCAAGAUAGUCUUCCCUUUAAGAGUAUCAAGUAUUCAGUCACGUAUCCAGCAAAGCGCAAUAAAAUCGAUGAUUCAGUUAAGAAUUCUCGUCUUUUAAAACCUUUAGGAAAGAACAACGUUGUUUCCGACGCGGAGGAUAAUAUUGAACUUCCUCACAAAAAACCAAAAGAAGGGAACUUCAAUGAUAAUUUACCUGUCUCUUCCCCUCCUAAAAAGAUUAGCUGUAUUAGCUCAACCUUUUCAUUAAAAAAAUUGUCGCGUCCUUUUAAAGUUCCUACAUUUAUUAGAAAUGUUGAGCCUCAUAACGGUCAACAACGUCCACUAUCCCAUAAGCACCUUGCCUUUGUAAGACCAGCACAUAAUCCUAAGGCGGAAAACGCGAUUAUACUUUAUGAUCCCUUGGAUAAUAAAGAUCAGGAUAUUAAAAAGAAGGAUAAAUCCGUGGCGGAAAUUUUAGGGACUAAAAAUCCGGCUAAUCAAGAAGUUCCUGUCAUUGUUGAUCCAAUUUUGGGGCAAAAACUUCGUCCUCAUCAGGUUGAAGGCGUAAAGUUUCUAUAUAAUUGUACCACUGGAAGGACCGUAGAAGGAGCUUUUGGGUGUAUAAUGGCAGAUGAAAUGGGUCUUGGAAAAACUCUUCAAUGUAUCGCCCUUCUGUGGACACUACUUAAACAGUCUCCUGAAUUUAACAAGAAAACAAUAGAGAAAUGUAUCAUCGCAUGUCCAUCAAGUCUUGUGACAAAUUGGGCUAAUGAAUUUGUUAAAUGGCUAGGAUCUUUACGAAUCAAACCGCUAGUAAUCGAUAACAAAGGAGGGAAAGAAAAUGUGAUGAAAGAUCUGAAACAUUUUGCCGAUGCUCAGGGUCGAAUGAUUAUUAAUUCUGUUUUGAUCAUUUCAUAUGAGACAUUACGUGCAAAUAUUGUGGAAUUAAAGGAGUGUAAGAUUGGUCUUCUCUUAUGCGAUGAAGGUCAUCGCCUAAAGAAUUCAAAUUCGUUGACGUUCCAGGCUUUAAAUUCGCUACAGGUACAACGAAGAGUUAUUUUAUCCGGUACACCAAUUCAGAACGAUCUCUCCGAAUAUUUCUCGCUUUUAAACUUUACCAACCCUGGACUUCUUGGUACGCCCAACGAAUUUCGCAGGAAUUACGAGAAUCCUAUCCUUCGUGGUAGAGAUGCUGAUGCAUCUGAACAUGAACGAUACAUUAGUGAUCAAAAGUUAGCAGAAUUGUUGAGUGUUGCGAGCAAGUUUAUUAUAAGGCGAAGUAACGACAUUUUAUCAAAAUAUUUACCCGUAAAAUACGAACAUGUCGUAUUUUGUCGCCUAAGCGAGUUCCAAUUAUCACUAUACGAAUUGUUCAUGACAUCUCCUGAAAUCCAACGUCUCUUGCGUGGUAUCGGUUCACAGCCUCUUAAAGGUACACAUUCUUUAAUUGUAUAUCUGGACGCUAGUUUUCCAUAUAUUAACAUGACACGUCACUUUACAGCUAUAACUAUCCUUAAAAAGUUAUGCAAUCAUCCCGACUUGCUUGAUCUUCCAGGAGAUCUUAAAGGAUCGGAAACAUGUUUUCCGCAAGAUUAUUCAAUAAAGGAAAAGGCACGAAUAGUUAAACCGGAAUUUUCUGGAAAAAUGUUGGUUUUGGAUAGAAUGUUAUCAAAAAUUAAGGACGAGUCAGAUGACAAGAUCGUCUUGAUUUCAAAUUAUACGCAGACACUAGAUCUUUUCGAAAAAUUAUGCCGGAUGAGAAGAUACGCUUGUCUGCGGCUUGAUGGUUCGAUGUCGAUAAAAAAACGACAGGAACUUGUAAAUCGAUUUAACGACCCGAAAAGCCCAGAAUUCGUGUUUCUCCUGAGUAGCAAAGCGGGUGGAUGUGGCAUAAACUUAAUUGGAGCAAAUCGUCUUGUAUUAUUUGAUCCUGAUUGGAAUCCUGCUUCUGAUCAACAAGCAUUGGCAAGGGUUUGGAGAGACGGACAAAAGAAAGAGUGUUUUAUAUAUCGAUUUAUCGCGACUGGAACGAUUGAAGAGAAAAUCUUCCAACGUCAAUCACACAAGCAAUCUCUCUCAUCAUGUGUUGUUGAUGAGGAAGAAGGCGUUGAAAGACACUUUUCACUUGAAUCUUUAAGACGUCUGUUCCAAUUCGAUCCGGAUACCAUGUGUGACACUCAUAGCACUUUUAAGUGCAAAAGGUGUAUUAAUGGAAUUCAAAGUCUUCCAAGGCUUCCCAGCGAAAAUAUGAGUUAUGGUGACACGAGCUCAUGGGAUCAUUUUUCUGGGGGAACUGAUCUUCUUAAGACUCGAGACCCAAUUCUGAAGUUGGAAGCUAAUCAAGGAGUUGUUUCUUAUGUUUUUCAAUAUAAGUCUCAUUAA